AUGACCCACCACAUCGUUGCCCUCGAUGGCGGCUACGUCAAAAUUCCACCCUUUUCGCUUCCAAACCCUCAUAAAUACACCGAAUACUCCAACACAUUACCAACUGAGGUGCCAUCUCGUGUAUCCGAUGCUACCAUAGUCAUUACCAACCUCGUUCCUCUUAGUGCAGAGACUCUUCGGCCAGAAUGCACGCCAUACCUUCAACUGAUUGCCGUGAUGGCCGCUGGUGUCGACUGCCUCGACCUCCCGGCCUGCAAGGCUCGAGGAAUACGGGUGUGCAAUAUCCCCGGCGGUUCAGCGAUUGCUGUUAGCGAACAUACGAUCGGCCUGUACUUUGCUGUCAGGAGGAAAACUGUGCAGUUGCAUUAUCUGACGACGAAAACAAUGGAGUGGGAGGAGAAGGGGACACUGAAGGAUGUGUAUGGAGGUCUGCCGCUAACUUGUGAGAGCGAGGUCAUGGGAAUUUUGGGCUAUGGGUCGCUUGGCCAGAAAAUUGCAGGACUGGCUCGAGCAUUAGGCAUGCAAGUUCUGGUCGCCUCGCGAAAAGAUGACAAUAGUAGCGAGGCCUCAUCCCACAACGGUGUAGAAUGCAGCCGCACGCCCUUCCACGAAGUCCUUCGCCGAAGCACCGUCCUCGUCAUCGCCGUACCUCGCCUCCCUUCCACCACGGACAUGAUCUCGACGCCAGAAUUCUCCAUAAUGCAACGCAACGCAAUCCUCAUCAACGUAGCCCGUGGCGGCAUUGUCAACGAAUCCGCACUCGUCCGCGCCCUCAAGCAAGGCCUUAUCGCAGGUGCCGCGACCGACGUCUUCACAACCGAGCCAGCAGGAAGAACGACCAGCCCGCUGCUCGCCGAGGACGUGCCGAAUCUGACUGUCUCGCCUCAUUUGGCCUGGUAUGCGCAGUCGACGCAGGAUACGAGGGCGAGACAAGUCAAGGAGAUUGUGGAGGGGUUUGUUGCGAGCGGCGAGGGAAAGAAUGUGGUGGUGUAG